AUGAAGCUGUACUGCGAGGUGGAGGUGAUCAGCCGGCAUUUGCCGGCGUUGGGGCUGAGGAACAGGGGAAAGGGCUAUCGAGCAGUGCUGAGCCUCUGUCAGCAGACACACGGAAAUCGGCCGGGGCCCCAGGUCGAGGGCGAGCCGGGCGGCCCGCACCCCACCUGCUUGCUCAUCUCCACCCUGAAGGACAAGCGCGGGACCCGCUAUAAGCUAAAGGAGAACAUUGAGCAAUUCUUUACGAAAUUUGUGGAUGAGGGGAAAGCGACUGUCCGGUUAAAGGAGCCUCCUGUGGAUAUCUAUCUAAGUCAGGCCAAUUCCAGCAGUUUAAAGGGUUUCCUUUCAGCUGUGAGACUGGCUCAUCGAGGCUGUGAUAUUGAGACCCCAUUUUUAACCCUCACACCAGUGAAGACUUCAGAAUUUGAGAAAUUUAAAACCAAAAUGAUUAUCACUUCCAAAAAGGACUAUCCUCUAAGCAAGAACUUUCCAUAUUCUUUGGAACAUCUUCAGACUUCUUAUUGCGGGCUUGUCCGAGUUGAUAUGCGUAUGCUUUGCUUAAAAAACCUUAGGAAAUUAGACUUAAGCCACAACCAUAUAAAAAAGCUUCCAGCUACAGUUGGAGACCUCAUCUACCUUCAAGAACUUAACCUUAAUGACAAUCACUUGGAGUCCUUUAGUGCAGCCUUGUGUCAGUCUACACUCCAGCAGUCCCUUCGGCGUUUGGACCUCAGCAAGAACAAAAUUAAGGCACUCCCUGUGCAGUUUUGCCAGCUCCGAGAACUUACGGACUUAAAACUUGAUGAUAAUGAACUAAUCCGAUUUCCUUUCAAGAUGGGACAACUGAAAAAACUGCGUUUUUUGUCAGCAGCUCGAAAUAAGCUUCCCUUUUUGCCUAGUGAAUUUAAAAAUUUAUCCCUUGAGUACUUGGAUCUUUUUGGAAAUAAGUUCGAACAACCAAAAGUUCUACCAGUCAUAAUGCUGCAAGCACCAUUAACUUUAUUGGAAUCUUCUGCACGAACCAUAUUAUAUAAUAGGAUUCCAUAUGGCUCUCAUAUCAUUCCUUACCAUCUUUGCCAAGAUUUGGAUACUGCAAAAACUUGCGUUUGUGGAAGAUUCUGUGUAAGCUCUUUCAUUCAAGGAACUGCUACCAUGAAUCUACAUUCUGUUGCUCACACUGUGGUCUUAGUAGAUAAUAUGGGUGGUACUGAAGCAGCUGUUAUUUCUUAUUUCUGUUCUUUAGCUUGUUAUGUAAAUUCCUCUGGUAUAUUAAAGUAAUGGGGAAUACCACAAAAAGAAGUUUCAUUUGGCCACAGAUCAGUUUCAGACUCAUUUCCAACUUAGCAGUGUCAAAUUGGAGAAAGGGGAGGGGAGAAAUGUAUGUUAUUCUGUUUUAAAUCUUUUGUUUUUAAAAUUUUAAUUACAUUAAAACCUAAUUUAAUUUUA